AUGAUAAAGGAUGCAGAUGGAAAUGUGCUGAUGAGCGAGGAGAAUGUGGAUGAUCAUGUGGUGUUACAGUGCACUGCCUCCAUUCUUAAGGAGCAGAUCAAGCUGUGUCUGUCCUGUGAAGGCUUUGGGAAUCGUCUGUGUUUCCUCGAGACCACCUCCAAUGCUCAGAAUGUCCCUCCAGACUUGGCCAUUUGCUGUUUCAUUUUGGAACAGUCCCUUUCUGUACGGGCACUACAGGAGAUGCUUUCCAACUCUUCAGUGGAUGAGGCCGUGGACUUGGACAAAUGGUCGUCACAAGGCGGGGGUCACCGAACCUUGCUGUAUGGACAUGCCAUCCUCCUGAAACACACUCACUCCAACAUGUACUUGAGCUGUUUGACUACUUCACGCUCACUGACAGACAAACUGGCGUUUGAUGUUGGCUUGCAGGAGGACUCAACAGGUGAGGCAUGCUGGUGGACCAUCCAUCCGGCCUCCAAGCAAAGGUCAGAAGGCGAGAAGGUCAGGGUGGGAGAUGACCUCAUUCUUGUCAGUGUGUCUUCAGAGCGAUACCUGCAUCUCUCCUAUGCUAGUGGGGAUUUGAUGGUGGAUGCAUCCUUCAUGCAAACACUGUGGACGAUGACCCCUGUGAUGUCUGGAUGUGAGCUAGCUGAAGGGUUUCUCACUGGAGGAUACGUGCUCAGGUUGUUCCACGGUCACAUGGACGAGUGUCUUGCAGUCCCAGCAGCUGACCAAGGGGAUGAUCAGCGCAGAGUUGCUCAUUACGAGGGAGGGGCUAUUUGCAGCCAUGCUCGGUCGUUAUGGAGACUUGAGCCACUACGAAUUGGGUGGAGUGGAAGUCACAUUAAAUGGGGCCAGUCUUUCCGAAUUCGCCACAUAACAACAGGCCGAUACCUGUUUCUCGAUGAAGAGAAGAGACUGGUAUUGGUGGACCCAGAGAAAGCAAAUUCCAAAAUGUCGGCCUUCUGCUUCAGAAUCUCAAAGGAAAAAAUUGAAGUGGCCCAGAAACGGGAUGUGGAUGGCAUGGGCAUCCCUGAGAUUAAGUAUGGGGAGUCUAUGUGCUUCGUACAACAUGUUUCAUCGGGUCUUUGGCUCACAUAUGCUGCUGUUGAUGCCAAAUCAGCCCGCUUGGGUCCUCUGAAGAGAAAGGCCAUACUGCAUAAAGAAGGUCACAUGGACGAUGCGCUCACUGUCGCCCGAUCACAAACAGAAGAAUCCCAAGCUGCUAGAAUGAUAUUCAGCACAACAGGCCUCUUCAACCAGUUCAUCAAAGGUCUUGAUGCUCUGAGUGGGAAAAACAAAUCUGCCAGUCCCCUAUCACUGCCUAUGGACACGGUAGUGCUCUCCCUGCAGGAUCUAAUUUUCUAUUUCCGACCCCCUGAUGAGGAACUGGAGCACGAAGACAAACAGUUCAAGCUUCGGUCCCUCAAAAACAGACAGAACCUCUUCCAAGAAGAGGGAAUGAUCACACUUGUUCUGGAAUGUAUUGAUCGGCUUAAUGUGUACAACACAGCAGCCCACUUCUCAGAGUUUGCCGGGGAGGAAGCUGCUGAGUCUUGGAAGGAAAUAGUAAAUCUGCUGUAUGAAUUGCUAGCUUCUUUGAUCAGAGGUAAUCGCGCAAACUGUGCCUUGUUCUGUGACAAUCUUGACUGGCUGGUCAGUAAACUGGAUCGCUUGGAGGCAUCUUCAGGAAUUCUGGAGGUGUUGUACUGCGUUCUGAUUGAGAGUCCGGAGGUGUUGAACAUUAUCCAGGAGAAUCAUAUCAAAUCAAUCAUCUCGCUUCUGGAUAAGCAUGGACGCAACCACAAGGUCUUGGAUGUCCUCUGCUCUUUGUGUGUGUGUAACGGGGUGGCAGUGAGGUCCAAUCAGAAUCUUAUCACAGAGAAUUUGCUUCCAGGCCGCGAACUGUUACUGCAAACCAACAUAAUCAAUUAUGUAACCAGCAUGAGACCCAACAUUUUCCUUGGUACGUGUGAAGGAUCCACCCAGUAUAAGAAGUGGUAUUUUGAGGUGAUAGUGGAUGAUGUUGAGCCGUUCCUGACAGCCCAGCCGUAUCACCUGCGGGUGGGUUGGGCCCUCACUGAGGGCUACAGCCCUUACCCUGGUGGAGGAGAAGGCUGGGGGGGAAAUGGUGCUGGAGAUGACCUCUACUCAUACAGUUUUGAUGGAGUGAGCCUGUGGUCAGAGCGUGUCCCACGUCAUGUUGCCACUCCAAAUCAGCACAUCCUGGCAGCAGAUGAUGUGGUCAGCUGCUGUUUGGAUCUGAGCGUGCCCAGCAUUUCCUUCCGUAUCAAUGGUCAUCCAGUUCAAGGGAUGUUUGAAAACUUCAAUCUGGAUGGCUUAUUUUUCCCUGUGGUCAGCUUCUCUGCAGGCGUCAAGUUGCGAUUUCUUCUUGGGGGACGUCAUGGGGAGUUCAAGUUCCACCCACCACCAGGCUAUGCUCCAUGCUAUGAAGCAGUGCUGCCCAGGGAACGUUUGAGGAUUGAGCCCAUCAAGGAGUAUAAGCAUGAUUUUGAGGAUGUACGCAAUCUGUUAGGUCCUACGCAGUCCCUCUCACAUACAGCUUUCACACCUUGCCCUGUGGACACCAUACAGAUUGUGCUUCCUCCUCAUUUGGAGCGCAUUCGAGAGAAGUUAGCCGAAAAUAGCCACGAAUUAUGGGCUGUUACUCGCAUUGAACAAGGAUGGAUGUUUGGACCAUUUCGUGAUGACAACAAGAAGCUGCACCCCUGCUUGGUCGAUUUCCAAAGUCUGCCUGAACCUGAGAAGAACUACAAUUUAGCAAUGUCUGGAGAAACACUUAAGACUCUGCUUGCACUGGGUUGUCACGUAGGGAUGGGAGAUGAGAAAGCAGAGGAGAAUCUGAAGAAAAUUAAGCUACCUAAAACAUACAUGCAGAGUAAUGGAUAUAAACCUGCACCUUUGGACCUCAACCAUGUAAAGCUGACCCCUAAUCAAAACACUUUAGUGGAGAGACUGGCAGAAAACGGACACAAUGUAUGGGCAAGAGACCGGGUCCGCCAGGGAUGGACAUACAGUAUUGUACAGGAUAUACUGAACAAGCGCAACCCCCGUCUGGUUCCUUAUAACCUGCUGGAUGAAAAGACGAAAAAGACCAACAGAGACACUGUUUGUGCAGCUGUUCGAACUCUUAUUGGCUACGGUUACAACAUUGAACCACCUGACCAGGAGAGUAGCGGGCAGGGACCGGACAGCACACGUGGUGAUAAGAUCCGGGUGUUCCGAGCAGAGAAAUCUUACGCCAUCACACAGGGCAAGUGGUACUUUGAGUUUGAGGCCGUGACAGUCGGAGAAAUGAGGGUCGGCUGGGCUCGGCCAAGUGUUCGUGCGGACACUGAACUCGGUGCUGAUGACUUGGCGUACGUCUUCAAUGGUUUCAAGGCUCAGCGGUGGCACAUGGGAAAUGAACCAUUUGGUCGACAAUGGCAAUCUGGUGAUGUGGUAGGCUGCAUGAUUGACCUCACAGAGAUGAACAUCAUGUUUACCCUUAAUGGCGAAAUGCUGAUUAGUGAUUCAGGAUCAGAGAUGGCCUUUAAGGAUGUAGAAAUUGGAGAGGGCUUUAUACCGGUGUGCGGUCUGGGCAUGUCCCAGGUUGGCAGAAUCAACUUAGGCCAGAAUGUCAGCAGUCUACGUUACUUUACCAUCUGUGGUCUACAGGAGGGUUUUGAACCCUUUGCUAUCAACAUGAAAAGAGACAUUACUAUGUGGUUCAGCAAGAGCCUGCCUCAGUUCCUUGCUGUGCCCAGUGACCAUGCUCACGUUGAGGUCUCACGUGUGGAUGGGACAGUGGAAACUCCCCCUUGUCUGAAAGUGACACACAAAACUUUUGGAUCCCAGAAUGCCAACACAGAUCUGCUGUUCCUCAGACUCAGUAUGCCAGUUGAGUUUCACGAGACCUUCAAAAUCCCAGCAGGAACCACUCUCCUCACUCGCACCUUGACCAUCCCAGAGGAAGAGGUGGUAGAGAUCGACCCAGACUCUGAUUUUGAAAUCCUCAAGAAGUCAGCUACUCGCAAGGAACAGGAAGAAGAGAAGAAAGAACCUUCUGUGCCUAAGGAGAUUCCUGCCAUCAGAAAUGGAGAGAAUGCAAAGGAUGCCUCAACUGAAAAAAGCAAGAAGAAAGGAUUCCUUUUCAAGGCUAAAAAGGCUGCAUUAAUAACUCCGCCCCUGGUUGUUCCCACUAUACCCCGCUUAGUAAAGGAUGUGGUGCCAGAUGAUCGGGAUGACAUUGACAUCAUCCUCAACACCACAACAUACUAUUACUCUGUCCGGAUCUUUGCCGGGCAGGAACCCGGUGGUGUGUGGGUGGGCUGGAUCACACCUGAUUAUCAUCAGUAUGAUCUCCAUUUUGACCUCAGCAAAGUGAGAAAUGUAACAGUCACCUUAGGUGAUGACAAAGGAAACAUUCAUGACAGUAUCAAGCGUAGUAACUGCUACAUGGUAUGGGGAGGGGAAUUCAGUAACUCCCAAACUCGGGUCAGUCAAGAGGAUUUUGUGAUUGGCUGUCUUAUUGAUUUGGACACAGGACUCAUGACUUUUACUGCUAAUGGAAAAGAGAUCAACACAUUUUACCAGGUGGAACCCAACACAAAAUUGUUCCCAGCUCUUUUUGUCCUACCUUCAAGUCAGAAUAUGGUUCAGUUUGAGCUAGGCAAGCUUAAGAACAUUAUGCCGAUCUCUGCAGCCAUGUUCAGGAGUGAACGCAAGAACCCUGUCCCCCAGUGCCCUCCUAGACUUGAUGUCCAGAUGUUGACCCCAGUAAUAUGGAGCAGAAUGCCCAAUCAUUUCCUUGCUCCAGAGACGGGGCGUGUUAGUGAGAAACUGGGCUGGAUGAUCCAGUGUCAGGAGCCGCUGACCAUGAUGGCUCUCCACAUACCGGAGGAAAACAAGUGUAUUGACAUUCUAGAACUGUCUGAACGUAUGGACUUGCUAACGUUCCACUACCACACAUUAAAGCUGUAUGGCUCAGUGUGUGCUCUGGGAAACAACCGUGUGGCUCAUGCUCUCUGCAGUCAUGUGGAUGAAUCUCAGCUUUUCUAUGCCAUAGAGAACACUUAUCUGCCUGGACCAAUAAGAAGUGGCUUCUAUGAUUUGCUUAUUAGUAUGCACCUGGAGUCUGCCAAGAGGAACCGGUUGGGUACCAACAAGGAAUUCAUAGUUCCAAUGACUGAUGAAACACGAAGUAUUACCUUGUACUCUUACAAAUCUCAGGCUUUACCUGGGGUUGGCCUCACUACAUGUUUGCGUCCCAAACUACAUUUUUCCCCUACUGGAUUUGUUGGAACAGAUCUAGACAUCUACACCCUGAGUCCAGUCAUACCAUUAGAGGUGCUAAAGACGAAGGCCCUGAACAUGCUAACCGAGGCUGUGCAAGAUGGGGGACAAGCCAUGAGAGAUCCUGUGGGGGGCAGUGUUGAGUUUCAUUUUGUUCCAAUCCUGAAGCUCAUUAGUACCCUCCUCAUCAUGGGCGUCUUUGAUGAUGAAGAUGUCACACACAUCCUGAAGAUGAUUGAACCAACUGUUUUCAAUGCCAAGAAAGCAGAGGAGCAUGCUGAGCAGCAUGCUAAGGUGAAGGAGGAGAAGGAACAAAAAGGUCUCACAAAAGUGGGUGCGGUUAAGGAAGAAGAACAGGACGUUACAGCCAACGGAAUGGAAGAUGAAUUUGAAGAUGAUGGCAUGGGUGAAGAAAUGGAGGAUGAAACUGAGGAAGAAGAGGAAUUAGAGGAGGCAACAUCUGGCAUGCCAGGUGAAGAAAUGGUCGAUGACACCGAACAAUUAAAUGGAGAGAAAGGUGCUUUUGAGACAGAGAAAGAGACACACACUGGGGAGACAAGUGGUGACACCAGUGAAGAACAUUUUGAGCAAGGACUUUUCCAAAUGAAGCUACCAGAGUCUGUCAAACUACAGAUGUGUACCCUACUGCAGUAUUUCUGUGACUGUGAGCUGCGUCACAGAGUGGAGGCCAUUAUUGCUUAUUCCGAUAAGUUUGUUACUCAGAUACAGACUAACCAGAGGCAACGCUACAAUGAACUAAUGAUGGCUUUUUCCAUGAGUGCUGCUGAAACUGCUCGCAAGACCCGAGAAUUCCGCUCCCCACCACAGGAACAGGUUAACAUGCUGCUGAACUUCAAAAAUUGCAUGGACGAUGAGGAGUGCCCUGUCCCAGAUGAGGUCCGAGAUGCUCUGCAGAAUUUUCAUAAUGAUCUUCUUGCACACUGUGGUGUUCAUAUUGAAGAAGAAGAGGAAGAAGAACAAGUGGAUACUUCUGUCCGCGGCCGACUGCUUCGUAUGUUGGAAAAGGUGAAAAGAUUCCGUCAGAAAAAGGUAGAGGUGGACCCUGAAUCCCAGGAAGAUAAAAAACCAAGCACUUUGCAAGAGUUGGUUUCUCAUACUAUGAUCCACUGGGCCCAGGAGUCAUUUAUCCAGAACCCUGAGUUGGUGCGUAUGAUGUUCAGCCUCCUUCACAGGCAGUAUGAUGGGUUGGGUGAGCUUAUUCGUGCCUUGCCCAAAGCCUACACAAUCAAUGCAGUGUCAACUCAGGACACAAUGGAUCUGUUGGAAUGUUUGGGACAGAUCCGCUCACUGCUUAUUGUCCAAAUGGGUCCAGAAGAGGAGAGACUCAUGAUUCAAAGCAUCGGGAACAUCAUGAGUAAUAAAGUGUUCUAUCAGCAUCCCAACUUGAUGCGAGCUCUCGGGAUGCAUGAAACUGUUAUGGAAGUCAUGGUUAAUGUACUUGGUGGCGGUGACUCAAAGGAAAUCAGAUUCCCUCGUGUGGUAACAAACUGUUGCCGUUUUCUGUGCUACUUUUGUCGUAUCAGUCGACAAAAUCAACGUUCUAUGUUUGACCACCUCAGCUACCUUCUGCAGAACAGUGGCAUCGGCCUUGGGAUGCGUGGCUCCACCCCUUUGGAUGUGGCCGCAGCCUCUUGUAUUGACAACAAUGAGCUAGCAUUAGCGCUACAAGAGCAGGACCUCGAAAUGGUGGUGAAAUAUUUGGCUGGAUGUGGACUUCAGAGCUGUCCGAUACUCCUGUCUAAGGGAUACCCUGACAUUGGCUGGAAUCCUUGUGGUGGAGAGAAAUACCUUGACUUCCUCCGUUUUGCUGUAUUUGUUAAUGGUGAGAGUGUUGAAGAGAAUGCCAAUGUGGUAGUGCGCCUCCUCAUUCGCAGGCCUGAGUGCUUUGGUCCAGCACUGAGAGGGGAAGGUGGUAAUGGUCUGCUGGCUGCAGUAGAAGAGGCAAUCAAAAUAUCAGAGGACCCUGCAAGGGAUGGCCCAAGUAUUAAAAAAGACAGACGCUUCCCAAUGUUUGGAGGAGAGGAGCAGCAUGAGGAGAACAGGGUGCACCUGGGAAAUGCCAUAAUGUCCUUCUACUCUGCCCUUAUUGACUUACUGGGACGUUGCGCUCCAGAGAUGCAUUUGAUCCAGGCUGGUAAGGGUGAGGCACUGCGGAUCAGGGCAAUUCUUAGGUCUCUGGUUCCUAUUGAGGAUCUGGUGGGAGUCAUCAGCCUUCCUCUUCAGAUUCCUACUUUAGGAAAAGACAACAGCGUCAUAGAGCCAAAGAUGUCGGCUAGUUUCGUGCCAGAUCACAAGGCUCCCAUGGUGCUUUUCCUGGACAGAGUUUAUGGUAUUGAUAACCAGGAUUUCCUGCUGCAUGUGCUUGAGGUGGGCUUUUUGCCUGAUAUGAGAGCUGCAGCCUCUCUUGAUACAGUGGCUUUCAGCACUACAGAGAUGGCCCUGGCUUUGAAUCGCUACCUGUGCUCUGCUGUGUUGCCACUCAUUACCAAGUGCGCCCCCCUGUUUGCUGGUAGUGACCACCGAGCAAUAAUGAUCGACUCCAUGUUGCACACAAUCUACCGACUCUCUCGCGGAAGAGCGUUCACAAAGGCCCAACGAGACAUUAUCGAAGAGUGCCUCAUGGCUUUGUGCAAACACUUACGUCCCUCCAUGCUUCAGCACCUGCUAAGACGUCUGGUGUUCGAUGUGCCUAUUCUUAAUGAGUAUGCCAAAAUGCCACUGAAGCUUUUAACCAAUCACUAUGAGCGGUGCUGGAAAUAUUAUUGCCUCCCUAAUGGGUGGGCCAACUUUGGAGUGGCAUCAGAAGAAGAACUGCAUCUGACUCGUAAACUGUUCUGGGGAAUCUUCGAGUCUCUAGCACACAAGAAAUUUGACGCUGAGAUUUUCAAAAUUGCCAUGCCAUGCCUCUGCGCCAUAGCUGGAGCAAUUCCUCCUGACUAUGUUGAUGCCAGUUACUCUUCCAAAACGGAGAAAAAAGCUUCGGUGGAUUCAGAAGGAAACUUUGAUCCUAAACCAGUUGAAACCACAAAUACGAUUAUCCCUGAGAGACUGGAUCCAUUUAUCAACAAAUAUGCAGAAUUUACGCAUGACAAAUGGGCCUUUGAAAAGAUUCAGAAUAACUGGUCAUAUGGUGAAGCACUGGAUGAAAAUGCAAAAACUCAUCCUAUGCUCAGACCAUACAAAACCUUCUCAGAGAAGGACAAAGAGAUCUACCGAUGGCCGAUCAAAGAGUCACUUAAGGCCAUGCUUGCAUGGGAGUGGAACUUAGAUAAAGCUAGAGAGGAAGAAGAGUCAGAGAAGAAGAAGGCAACAUCACGGAAGAUUUCACAGACUGCUCAGGCAACCUAUGACCCAAGCCAUGGUUACAGUCCACAGCCCAUUGACAUCACACACAUGGCUCUUUCACGAGACUUGCAGUCUAUGGCAGAACAACUGGCAGAAAAUUAUCACAACACCUGGGGAAGGAAGAAAAAGCUGGAGCUGCAGGCGAAAGGAGGUGGAACACAUCCUCUUCUGGUGCCCUAUGACACUCUGACAGCAAGAGAAAAGGCUCGAGACAGAGAGAAAGCUUAUGAGCUGCUCAAGUUCCUGCAGCUUAAUGGAUAUGCUGUCACAAGGGGCCUGAAAGACAUGGAGUCUGACAUUUCAUCCAUCGAGAAGAGAUUUGCUUAUGGUUUCUUGCAGAAGCUGUUGAAAUGGAUGGAAAUUGCCCAGGAAUUUAUUGCUCACCUUGAGGCUGUAGUAAGCAGUGGACGUGUGGAGAAAUCUCCUCAUGAGCAAGAAAUCAAAUUCUUUGCUAAGAUUUUGAUGCCUCUGAUCAACCAGUAUUUCAAAAACCACUGCCUAUACUUCUUGUCCACACCUGCAAAAGUUUUAGGCAGUGGUGGUCAUUCCUCUAAUAAGGAGAAGGAGAUGAUUGCGAGUAUCUUCUGUAAAAUGUCGGCUCUGGUGCGACACAGAGUUUCUCUCUUUGGGACAGAUGCUCCAGCAAUCGUCAACUGUCUUCACAUUCUGGCACGAUCCUUGGAUGCAAGGACAGUAAUGAAGUCAGGGCCAGAAAUUGUGAAAGCACGGCUGCGGUCAUUUUUUGAAAGUGCUGCAGACGAUAUAGAAAAGAUGGUAGAGAACCUCAAACUAGGCAAACUGUCGAAAGGCAAUCAACAAGUAAAAGGUGUGUCCCAGAACAUUAACUACACAACCAUUGCCCUACUCCCAGUCCUCACCUCUCUCUUUGAUCACAUUGCUCAGCACCAAUUCGGAGAUGAUGUCAUAUUGGAUGAUCUACAGAUGUCAUGCUACCGCAUCAUGUGUAGCAUCUACUCUCUAGGAACAGUCAAGAAUCCCCAUGCUGAGAGACAGAGGCCAGCUCUUGGAGAGUGUUUGGCACACCUGGCAGCUGCUAUGCCAGUAGCCUACUUGGAGCCCCUCUUAAAUGAGUUCAAUGCAUUCUCUGUCUACACCACAAAGACACCCAGAGAGAGAGCCAUAUUGGGCCUUCCUAAUCAGGUCCAGGAAUUAUGUCCGGAUAUUCCAGAGUUGGAUGCCCUGCUAAAAGAAAUCGGGGGCUUGGCAGAGUCAGGUGCCCGUUAUACUGAGAUGCCUCAUGUGAUUGAAAUCACUUUGCCCAUGCUGUGUAACUAUCUUCCUCGUUGGUGGGAGAGAGGACUUGAGAACUUUCCUGAAAUGGAAGGCCGAAUCUGCACUGGUGUCACAUCUGAACACCUCAAUCAGCUGCUGGGCAGCAUCAUGAAAAUUGUAGUCAACAACUUGGGCAUUGAUGAAGCCUCCUGGAUGAAAAGAUUGGCUGUGUUUUCACAGCCUAUAGUGAGCAGGGCAAAGCCAGAAAUGCUAAAAUCUCACUUCAUACCAACAAUGGAGAAGCUGAAGAAACGCACCUCAAAGGUGGUGGCUGAAGAAGACCAUCUGCGAAUGGAAGGAAAAUCAGAAGGCGAUGAAGAAGAUGGCACAAUACGUGAUGAAUUUGCUGUUCUCUGCAGAGACUUGUAUGCGCUCUAUCCUCUACUCAUCCGUUAUGUAGACAACAACAGAGCCCGCUGGCUGACAUGCCCAGACCCAGAUGCAGAGGAACUGUUUCGAAUGGUUGGCGAGGUCUUCAUAUUCUGGUCUAAAUCCCAUAAUUUUAAGCGAGAGGAACAGAACUUUGUGGUGAUGAAUGAGAUCAAUAACAUGUCAUUCCUCACUGCUGACAGCAAGAGCAAAAUGAGCAAGGGCGGGGAUUCAGAGGGUGGAGGCUCAGAUACAGAACGUACCAAAAAGAAGAGACGAGGAGACCGCUACUCUGUACAGACUUCACUUAUUGUGGCGGCUUUGAAAAAGAUGCUCCCCAUUGGCCUCAACAUGUGCUCCCCCGCCGAUCAAGAGCUCAUCAACUUGGCCAAAUUCCGAUACUCUUUGAGAGAUACUGAUGAAGAAGUCAGAGAGUUCUUACAGAAUAACCUUCAUCUUCAGGGCAAGGUGGACAACCCGUCAAUGCGCUGGCAGAUGGCUCUGUACAAGGAGAUGGCAGGAAAAGCCGAAGAUGCUGAUGCCCCAGUGAAAGUAGUGAAGAGAGUACAGGAGGUUUCUGCUGUCCUUUAUCACCUCGAAUUGACAGAACAUCCCUUUAAAUCCAAGAAGAUGGUGUGGCACAAACUGUUGUCCAAACAGAGACGCAGGGCUGUGGUAGCUUGCUUUAGGAUGACACCACUAUACAACAUUCCACGGCACAGAGCGUCAAACAUGUUCCUUGAAGGAUACAAACGAAACUGGAUUCACACUGAGGGUUAUUCCUUUGAAGACAGGAUGAUCGAUGACUUGUCCAAAGCAAUGGAGCAAGAAGAAGGCGAUGAGGAGGAGGAGAAAGAAUCAAAGCCAGAUCCCCUCCACCAGCUUAUCCUACAUUUCAGCCGUACUGCUUUAACAGAAAAGAGUAAACUUGAUACAGAUCAUCUUUAUAUGGCAUAUGCAGAUAUUAUGGCAAAGAGUUGCCAUAUUGGUGAGGAAGAAGAAGGGGGAGAGGAAAUGAUGGAAAAUGCUGAGGAUGAGAUGUCCUUUGAGGAAAAAGAAAUGGAAAAACAGAGACUUCUAUACCAGCAGUCCAGACUUCAUAAUCGUGGUGCUGCUGAGAUGGUCCUGCAAAUGAUCAGUGCUUGCAAAGGUGAGACUGGCCCAAUGGUGUCUACAACAUUAAAGUUGGGUAUCUCCAUCCUAAAUGGUGGGAAUAGUGAGGUUCAGCAGAAAAUGCUGGAAUAUCUGAAGGAUAAGAAGGAUGUGGGAUUCUUUCUGAGUGUGCAGGCACUCAUGCAGACAUGCUGUGUCUUGGAUCUAAAUGCCUUUGAGAGGCAGAACAAGGCAGAGGGGCUCGGCAUGGUGUCUGAGGAGGGCACCAAGUUGAACCUAGAGCGGGGUGAAAAAGUCAUGGCAGAUGAUGAGUUUACCUGUGAUCUCUUUCGUUUUUUGCAACUGCUUUGUGAAGGUCACAACAAUGAUUUUCAGAACUACUUGCGUACGCAGACAGGCAGCACCACCACCAUAAACAUCAUCAUCUGUACAGUAGACUACCUCCUCAGACUGCAGGAGUCUAUCAGCGAUUUCUACUGGUAUUACUCUGGUAAGGAUGUCAUUGAUGACCCGGGAAAGAAGAAUUUCUCAAAAGCAAUGACAGUGGCAAAACAGAUUUUCAAUAGUCUGACUGAAUACACACAGGGCCCAUGUACAGGCAAUCAGCAGUCUCUGGCUCACAGCAGACUAUGGGAUGCUAUUGUUGGGUUUCUCCAUGUAUUUUCCCACAUGAUGAUGAAACUGGCACAGGAUUCCAGCCAGAUUGAUCUACUGAAGGAGCUUCUUGACCUACAGAAAGACAUGGUUGUUAUGUUGCUCUCACUGUUAGAAGGAAACGUGGUGAAUGGUACAAUUGCACGUCAGAUGGUUGACAUGUUGGUUGAAUCCUCCAGCAAUGUGGAAAUGAUCCUCAAGUUUUUUGACAUGUUCCUCAAGCUGAAAGACAUUGUAGCUUCAGAUGCAUUUCGUGAUUAUGUCACCGACCCUCGAGGGCUGAUCUCCAAGAAAGACUUCCAGAAGGCUAUGGACAGUCAGAAACAGUACUCACCUUCUGAGAUCCAGUUUCUAUUAUCCUGCUCUGAAGCUGAUGAGAAUGACAUGAUCCACUACGAGGAGUUUGCCAGUCGCUACCAAGAACCUGCCAAAGACAUUGGUUUCAACAUUGCUGUGCUGCUUACCAACUUGUCUGAGCAUGUCCCCCAUGACACCAGGCUACAGAACUUUCUGCAACAAGCAGAGAGUGUGCUGAACUACUUCCGCCCCUUUCUGGGUCGUAUUGAAAUAAUGGGUGCGAGCAGAAAGAUUGAGCGUAUCUACUUUGAAAUUAGUGAAGUCAACCGCAGGCAGUGGGAGAUGCCUCAAGUUAGAGAGUCAAAACGACAGUUUAUCUUUGACGUGGUCAAUGAGGGGGGUGAAACUGAGAAAAUGGAGAUGUUUGUCAACUUCUGUGAGGACACUAUCUUUGAGAUGAAUAUCGCAUCACAAAUUUCAGAGCAGGAAGAAGAAGAAAAGGGAGAAGAAGACGAUGAGGGAGAUGAAAGUGGUGGUGAUGGAGGAGCAGGAGCAAGCAUGAAUGGAGGAGGUGAUGAGGAAAGUAAUGGAGAGGAAGGGCAGCAUGAAUCAACUUCUGCAUUUGGUGAAUUCAUUAAGAGUAUUUUAGGCUUCUUUAGCAUUUUCACAUUCCGUAAUCUUCGCCGACAGUACCGGAGGGUGAGAAAGAUGACCUUCAAGGAGAUUGUGGUGGCCUUAUCCACAUUUUUCUGGACCAUCCUCAUGAGUAUUUUACACUUCAUCUACAAUGUGUGCAAAGGCUUCUUUAUGAUUAUCUGGCAAACCCUGUUUGGAGGUGGUUUAGUGGAAGGAGCUAAAAACAUCACUGUAACUGAGAUUCUAGCAAGUAUGCCAGAUCCGACACAGGAUGAUGUGCAUGGAGAUGGGCCAGGAGAGCCAGGAGCAGGAGAGGAACUAGACACUGGAGGAGUGACUGAAACUGGGGAGUCUGGAAGUGGAGAGGAAGAGGAGGAGGAUACUCAAGAAAUGGAGGGCGGGAGGAUACCAGGUAUGGAUCUUCCAGGUGGACUUGGAGACAUGGGUGUAGAGGCACCUGUUGAACCUCCUACUCCUGAAGGAACUCCCAUAACAAAAAGAAAACUGAUACCAGAAGAAACUGUUACCCAGAAACCCCCUGAACCCAUUCCAGUCGAGGAACCUCCUCCAGAGCCAGAAAAAGCAAAUGUUGAAGCCAGAGAAAAGGCAGAUAAAGACUCUUCAACCAAAGAGAAGGAACAUCCCGAAGCGCCAAAGAAAUGUGCAACCAAAAAAGGAAAGAAAGUGAAAAAACAAGGCGGUUUUCAAAUCUGGGUUGAGCUGGAUAUCCAAAGAAACAAGUUUAUGAACUACCUGUCCAGAAACUUCUACAACCUUCGUUUUCUGGCUCUCUUCCUUGCGUUUGCUCUGAACUUCAUUCUGCUGUUCUACAGGGUGUCAGAGAUCCCACCUAAUGGAGACGAGCUGGAACUACAUGGCUUGUCAGAAGGAAGCGGGAUGUUUGAAGCCUCUGGAUUAUUUGAAGACUCCGGAGAAGAGGCUGAAGGAUCUGGAAUAACCAGCGAAGAUGAAGAUGAGGAAGAUGUACCAAUGUAUUACUAUUUAGAAGAAAGUACUGGCUACAUGCAGCCCACGUUGGCCUUCCUUGCGAUCCUACACACAGUCAUCUCAUUCAUCUGUAUCAUUGGAUACAACUGCCUCAAGAUUCCACUGGUGAUCUUUAAGAGGGAGAAGGAACUUGCAAGAAAGCUGGAGUUUGAUGGCCUCUACAUAACCGAGCAACCUGAAGAUGAUGACAUUAAGGGCCAGUGGGACCGACUGGUCUUGAAUACACCGUCUUUCCCAAGCAACUACUGGGAUAAAUUUGUCAAAAGAAAGGUUCUGGAUAAAUAUGGAGACAUUUAUGGCAGAGAAAGAAUUGCUGAGCUCCUGGGAGUUGAUUUAGCCUCCCUGGAUGUGAGCCAACAGCAUGAGAAGAAACAGGAAGAACCAGACAACUCUGUGUUUGCAUGGAUGACUUCCAUCGACAUUAAGUACCAAAUCUGGAAAUUUGGUGUUGUGUUUACAGACGGUACUUUCCUUUACCUCUGUUGGUACUUGAUCAUGUCUUUACUUGGCCAUUACAACAACUUCUUCUUCGCCUGUCACCUGCUGGAUAUUGCCAUGGGUGUGAAGACUCUACGUACAAUCCUGUCUUCAGUCACACACAAUGGCAAACAGCUAAUGAUGACAGUGGGCUUGUUGGCUGUGGUUGUCUACCUUUACACUGUAGUUGCAUUCAAUUUCUUCCGCAAGUUUUACAACAAAAGUGAAGAUGAAGAUGAACCAGAUAUGAAAUGUGAUGAUAUGAUGACUUGUUACCUCUUUCACAUGUACGUGGGUGUGCGAGCCGGUGGAGGCAUUGGAGAUGAGAUUGAGGAUCCAGCUGGAGAUGAAUAUGAGCUGUAUCGAGUGGUCUUUGAUAUAACUUUUUUCUUCUUUGUCAUUGUCAUCCUUUUGGCCAUUAUUCAGGGUCUGAUCAUUGAUGCCUUUGGAGAACUUAGAGAUCAACAGGAACAGGUUAAAGAAGACAUGGAGACAAAGUGCUUCAUAUGUGGCAUUGGAAGUGACUACUUUGAUACGACGCCACACGGCUUUGAGACCCACACUUUUGAUGAACAUAACCUCGCCAAUUACAUGUUCUUUUUGAUGUACCUUAUCAACAAAGAUGAAACAGAGCACACGGGUCAGGAGUCAUAUGUGUGGAAAAUGUACCAGGAGCGAUGCUGGGACUUCUUCCCCGCUGGAGAUUGUUUCAGAAAACAGUUCGAGGAUCAGCUUUCCUAGUCAGCAGUUUCAUCAGAUGCACAUGGAAAAAUGUGAAUUGAACUGCUGCUUGUUUCCUUCAUUCCAAACUGACUGUUCCAUCCAAAAAUUAACAA